AUGCAAACCAUCACAUUACUUUUGUUCGCGGUCGUCUUGACCGUGGCUCUUGCAGAGGGUCAAUACUACGUCCCGCGCGCCUACUACACAAUAGAUGCAGAGGGUCAUCAGUCGGCGUCGGUGCCUAUGCGCAGGCUUCGACGCUCCCUGAAUCCUUAUUCGACCCCAUAUGGAGGAGCGAAUGCCAAUGCGAACGCUGAAGCAAAUGCCUGGGGUGGUGGCAAUGCUAAUGCAAAUGCCCACGCCAACGCACAGGCAGGCGCAGGUUCUGGGGGCUGGGGCCUCCCCAUUGGAGCUGGCUACGGCGCUGCAAAUCCUAACGCAUUAAGCUAUGGUGAGACCCGACGCCAGUCAGGUCCAGUUACCGGAAGUCGAUCAGUCAGCGCGGGAUCGUCUGUAGGUGUUGACUCUUCCGGCAGAGGAUAUUACGACCAAUAUACUUCAGUUGGUAAUUAA